AUGAGUAACAAAAGGGCGGUGUAUUUUUACGAUCCUGAGAUAGGGAAUUUCAACUAUGCGAUGGGGCAUCCGAUGAAGCCUCUGCGUGUGAAGAUGACCCACUCGCUGCUUGUUGGAUAUGAACUGUAUAAGCACAUGGAUAUUUUGAGGCCUUUCCAUGCGUCAUAUGAAAACCUGACGAGCUUCCAUUCGAUAGAUUACAUAAAUUUCCUUUCGAGUGUUUCUGGGGAGAACAUGGGAGAGAUGCUGAAGGACCUACAUAAGUUUAACAUACGGGACGACUGCCCUGUGUUUCCAGGGCUAUACGACUAUUGUAAGCUGACUGCAGGGGGAAGUAUAUAUGCUGCCCAGAAGAUCAAUUCAGGAAGAUAUGACAUUGCAAUAAACUGGGCAGGUGGACUACAUCAUGCAAAAAGAAGCGAGGCAUCUGGGUUUUGCUAUGUAAAUGACAUAGUGCUUGCGAUUCUUGAACUUUUGAAGUACAACAAAAGGAUAUUGUACAUAGACAUAGACAUUCACCAUGGAGACGGCGUUGAGGAGGCGUUCUAUACGACGGACAGGGUGAUGACUGUUUCGUUUCACAAGUAUGGAGAUUAUUUUCCUGGAACAGGCAUGGUAUCGGAUGUUGGGAUAGCAAGGGGAAGGGGAUAUUCUGUGAACGUGCCGUUAAAGGAUGGGAUUGAUGACGAAACGUAUUUUAGUGUUUUCAAGCCAGUCAUCAGCAAAGUGAUUGAGGUAUACCAACCAAAUGCAAUUGUGCUGCAAUCAGGAGCAGAUUCAUUGUCAGGAGAUAAGCUUGGCUGCUUUAAUUUAUCGCACAUUGGGCACUCAAGAUGUAUAAAGUUUGUACAGAGCUUCAACAUUCCGCUUAUCCUGCUUGGAGGAGGGGGAUACACUAUUGGAAAUGUUUCGAAGGCAUGGGCAUAUGAUACAAGCAUGCUGUUGGAUGUUGAGAUCCCGCAAGAGAUUCCAUACAACGAGUACUUCUAUUACUAUGCACCCACAUAUAAAAUUGAUGUUCCUACCUCGAACAUGGUGAAUCAAAACACAAGAGAGGGCCUGGAAAGUAUUGUGAAAAAGGUAUAUGAAAGCCUUAGAAGUAUUAAUCAUGCGCCUUCUGUGCAAAUGGCAAGUAUUCCACCAGAGUUUAUUAGUGAUGCAGCUGAUGAGGAUGCGCUCAACAAAAACAGUUAUGAAAAUGAUACGCUGGAUUACACUAAUUUUUCUAGUGUAAGAAAUGAUGAUACGGAUUGA